AUGUAUGUCAUUACGUGGGCUCUAUCAUUAGUUGCGUAUGCUUUUGUAAUUGCGAAUGCCCUGCCAAUUGAGAAUGCAACUUCGAAUUCAUCAGAAGGUGAAAUGGAUCAGUCACUGGGUAAGACGGAUUACUUGAGCUAUUUCCAGCAAAUGAUGGGAUAUCCUCGGGAACUCAUUGCAAGAAAUAUUGAAACGUUCACGAACAAAGACUUACUUCUUCUCAGAAGAAACAAACUUUUCUCUCAAAUGGCAACGGGCAUUCUCAAUGAACGAUUCCAAAUUAUACGUUUCAACAACGGUACAUUUGAAUCGCCUCUUCAGAAGAAGAUCUUUUAUGAAUAUAUCCGUCGACGGAAGAAUUGUACCAACAAAGAAUCCACAUGCAACCAUUUUGUAGAUGACGUUUAUUUGCACAACAACACAGGUUCUAUGAAUCACUGGAUACCACAAGCGGCUAUUGCUCUUGGCGAUACUAAUUGGAAUGCAACAAGCAAAGAGUUAUCCCAUUAUAGAGCUCUGAGGCUUCCAUCAUAUAUGGACAUUGACGAUCUUCUGUGUGAACAAAUCAAAUCCGAAAACGACAGUACUAAUUAA